UGUAUUUUUGAAAUAUGUUAGCGUAUUUCCUGAACUGUUCAGAUGUUUGAAGAACAAAAUUUUUAUUCCUGGAAUAAGUAAAACAUGCGGGCUCUACUUUUUCUAGUGGUUUGAUUUCAUUGAGGAAGUCGGCGAGCGCACUCUCACCUGUUUCUGAACUGUUUCAUUGGUUUCCGAUGAGAGACGCUUGACAGAAGAGUGUGACAGACAUCAAAACAUGUCAUGAAACUAAGCUAUCUUUCCCAUUCUGCCAAACCUUGCAGAUUUAAACACGUUUAUGGCAGAGUGUUUUUCAGUGAACUGUUCAGAAUGGAGUCGGACGACAAAUGCCUCACGAAAGCCCUGCGCACCACUUUGAUUGUUUUAUUUACUUUGCAGUUGGUGAGCACCGUAGAGAGACAGGUGUUUGACUUCUUGGGGUACAUGUGGGCGCCCAUCAUCGGCAAUUUCUUCCAGAUCAUCGUUGUUAUUCUCGGCAUAUUUGGUGCUUGGAAUUUCUACAAGUCUUUCAUUGUGGUGUAUGCAACCUGGAGCCUGUUGUGGCUAGGGUGGAACAUUUUCGUCAUUUGUCUUUACUUAGAAGUGGGAAUUCUCAACCGGAACCGGGAGCGUUACAUCCUGACCAUCGGCACGGACAGCAAGAGCUGGUGGCUGGAGCACGGGAUUGGCUGCGAGAUUGCCAACACGUCGUGGAUGGACGAGGAGGAGGAAGUCUACGACUCAGGUCGCCGCAUCCCACCCGAGUCGUCUGUGGUUGGCUGCAUCCUGCAGUACUACUACGUGGAGGUCAUUCACGCCGCUGUGCAGUGCUUCCUGUCUCUCGCUGGGUUCGUGGCUUCAUGCGUGUCCAUCUACUCCUUCAUGGAAGAGGACGACCCGAUGAGCUCAGCCAAUGACGAGCUGGAGUUUGUCAAAAUGCGGUACCGAACCCCGACGCACAUGUCGGCGUACCGCGACGUGGACGAUGACGGUGAGCACAUGGCCUUCGACAACAUCAACCUCACCACGGAGUUCACCCCGCACUCCCCAGCGGCCGGGGGUCGGCGCGGGGUCGGGGGACGCGGGGAACGCGAGCAGCCCCCGAGCUACGACACGACCAUGCGGAACGUUGCCGCGGCAACGGCGGCCGCCAACCACUACUACGCGGCCGACCGGCAGAGCGUGCGCAGCAAGGCCAGCACUCGCUCCAAACGCUCCACACACCAUCGGCACGGCGCGGGGGCGGGCCCGGGGAGCAGCGCCACAUACAGCGAGCCCGUCCGAGACCUGCCCUGGGUCCAGAUCACGCCCUCCACCAGCGCAGAACAGCACAUGAUCCGCCAUUAUCCGUAAACGGGAUCCGCCAUCAUUAUCCAUUAUAAACGUGAUCUGCCAUCAUCAUCCAUAAACGUGAUCUGCCAUUAUCAUCCAUUAACAUGAUCCGUCAUUAUCCGUAAACGGGAUCCGCCAUCGACAUCAUCCAUAAACGUGAUCCACCUUUAUCAUCCAUAAACAUGAUCCGUCAUUAUCCAUAUAAUAUAACGAUUUUUGUCGUGCUUCACACAACGUGGUUGUUACAGCAAUACAAAAUCGUUUCGUUCGACAGACGUGCUUCACAGUGUGGUUGCUAUGGCAACGCGAAAUCAUUCCGCUGCACUUCACA